AUGGUAGUUCUUGGCGCCCUCAACGCACCCGGCGUUCUUCGCCUUCCCAUCUCCACUGUUGCUACAGCAUCAGCUGCCAAUAUAGCCUGCGCAGUUGUUAUGCGCCAAGAGCUCGUCAUCAACGCCCUCUUCAUUCUGUUCGGCCAUUGUCCUCGAUGGUUUCCUCUCCGUAUUCGAAGACUCAGCGCAAAGAUCUAUCACCUCGGAGGUGUGCACAGUGGUGCGGGUGUCGCAGCCACGAUCUGGUUUGGGUUGACGAAUGUCGCCACAUUCUCUAUGAACCCCGAAGCCGCAAGCGGCGGCACCUUGAUUGCACUCUGGACGAUAACAAUCGCCCUUGAUAUACUUUUGCUCUCGAUCCUGUUGAUGGCUUUGCCUGCAUUCCGCGUGCGCUGGCAUGACUGCUGGGAAUGGUCUCACCGUUUCUGUGGUUGGGCUGCCAUAGGACUGUUCUGGGCUCUAUUCCUGCUCAUCUCCAUCACCGCCAAGCGUACGAUGAGCCCGGAGCCACACCUGUGGAGAGUCAUCGUGGUUUCACCAGUGUUCUGGCUGCUGGUGCUCAUCACCAUUUGUCUAAUCGCCCCGUGGCUGAAUCUACGGAAAGUUCCUGUCAGGUCUGAGAAGCUCUCGAACCAUGCCGUCCGCCUACACUUCACUUACGCUAAUGUGCCACUGUGCUCCGCGCCUCGUCUCACGGACAAGCCGCUCAGAGAAUGGCAUGCAUUUGCUUCCAUCCCGGAGGAGUCUGGUAAAGGAUUCUCCGUCCUCGUCAGCAAAGCGGGCAAUUGGACUGGUGCGAUCAUCGAGAACCCCCCAUCUUAUCUAUGGAAGCGUGGAUGGCUGACCCGAGGUGUCCUGAAUGUGGCACCGAUUUUCAAAUCCAUGGUUCUGGUUGCAACCGGAUCCGGGAUCGGCCCCGUGCUGAGCCUCCUCCAGGCGAAACGCAAGCUUGGGUUCAUCCGCCUUCUCUGGUCAACCAAGGACCCCAUCAAGACAUAUGGUCAGCGUGUAAUGGACAACGUCAUGGCGGCUGAUCCGAAUGCUGUCAUAAUUAACACCUCAGUCGACAGACGACCAAAUCUGUUAGAACUAGCACACGGGAUGUAUGUGGACAGCCAGGCCGAAGCGGUGUUUGUUAUCAGCAACCCCCGUGUGACGCGCAAAACAGUUUAUGGGCUCGAGUCUAGGGGAGUUCCAACAUUUGCUCCCAUCUUCGACUCCUAG